AUGGCGUCGAGUGGAAGUCGAUCAUUUAGACUUGCUAAAUUUGCCUUCAAAGUGGGUAUUGGAGUAGGUGCAGUCUACUUGACUGUUGUGGAAGGAUUAUGGAGCAAUUCUACCAAUAACAGCGGUGAAGUUUAUAAUAAAGUCAAAGCAACCUUUUUACCCCAAUUGAAUCAAGCGGAGAAAAUGGCAGCUGAGGACAGAUUAUCUAAUUUAAGAGAUAAUGUGGCUACAGAGAAGCUCAAAGAAUAUUGGAAUAGUGGAGUUAACAGUGUCUUCUUUGGUUUAAAGAAUAGUCCUGAAAAAAUCAACGAUAUUAUCAAGGAUUCCUUAAAGUAA